UUGACUUCUAGGCGACCAAUCAGAAAUGAGGCUUUUUGUUACCUUUUUUAAUGUCAAAUUUUAAUUUUUUUUUUUGCUUUCGAUGACUAUUAUUUCUUUCCUGGUUAGUUACGGUCCUUUGAUUAAAAUGGAAGGAUGAAAAGAAAAGAAAACAUUUCAGAUAUUAUUAAAAACUGAAAGUUUUCGUUUCUUGGUUUUAAUUUCUUAACGCUCAUUUUUAUCAUUACAUGAAUGAAGCAACAAUUAUUCUGCUUCCAGAAUAAUUUUAUGCUGGUGUGACUCAAUUGAAAAUUUUAACCAAAGUUUUAUUCAAAUAGUUUCAAAUAAAAAGACAUUUGAAAUUUUACGAAUGGCUCAAAUUGGAUUCCAGAACACGUUUGGUGUUCAAAAUGACAUCAAACAGCCCCAUUUCACCAAUUACGUAACUCCUGACUCAUUCAAUGACGACCAUGGUGACAUCAGUCGCGGUGAGGUAAUGAGGGGGUCGCACAGUUUCGUGCAGCACACGGACAACAUGUUGGAACCGGCGUGGGAUUACGUGUACUUGUGUGUGAGUCUGCUUUGGCUUUUCGUCGGAGUUCCUGGAAAUCUUCUGGUCAUCUUAAGUGUACUCUGCUUCAAAGAAUUAAGGACCUUUCCCCUCAUCCAGGUGGCUAAUCUGUCUCUGAGUGACUUGAGUGUGUCGUGUGUGAAUGUGGUGACCAGCUGGGUGGUGUUGUUGUGGGACCAGGGAGUGUUAGUCAAGUACAAGGUACUCUGCCUCAUCACUGGAUACGUCUGCGGCAUCGGCUGCCGAUGUUCGAUCGCUUGCAUCUGUGCAAUCGCAAUCAACAGGUACAUCUCUAUCUGUAAGAGUAGCUGGUACUGCAUCAUCUACAACACGUUCACGUUCCCAGUGCACAUCUUGAGUCCCUGGAUGUUCGGAUUCCUCAUCAUGAUGGCCGCAGUGGUGAGGGGAAAAGACGCGUUCAUGUAUGACAGACGACAACUCAUAUGCCCCCCUUGGUACUUCUCGGAAUCAGGGUACUAUCCGAUCCAGUGGUAUGAGAUCCUGAUGUUGCUGCCGACCUCGUUCUCCAUCAUGGUUUUCACCUCCUUCAGGAUUUUCCGCAAAGUACAUCAUAGUGGCCGCAACUUCAACACCUCAGACCGCACCUACACCGACAGGGACCUGCAACUCCUCAAGGUUCUCAUCCUCAUGUUUGUGGCAUUUCUCUGUGCAAACUUCCCCUGGUUUCUGCUUGUCACUUUCGACUUCAACGACACCGCCCACCACGGGUUCUACUACAUCGUCACCUGGGUGAUCCACUCAGCCACUCUUCUCAACCCCCUCAUCUAUGCUGCCAAGUACCCCCAGUUUCGAACCUCCUUCAACAAACUCCUGACCAUGGCAUGUUGUCUCAAUCGCAGAGGCCGACCUCUGGUUCGCUCCGAGAACAUACGUCUGGUGAAGCGAAUCUCAAGCCAGCUGCAUCUGCGGAAAGAUCCAGUGGAUGAUUCAACAGUCCCGUUGGAGCCCAAAAGCAACCCUUUUUGAGUGUUUUAAUGGUAAUUUUAUCGGUGGUAGACAAAUUU